UGCAGAGGGGAUCGUCGCCGUGCACGCGUGGUGGGGACCCCGGGGAGCCCCGGCUGCACACGUCCAGAAUGUCUAACGCGAAAGAAAGAAAGCAUGCCAAGAAAAUGAGAAACCAGCCCACCAACGUGACCUUAUCCUCGGGCUUCGGGGCGGAGAGAGGCCGGAAGCUCCAUAAUGGAGGCGGGAAGCCCUUUUGUCCGCAGAAACCAGAGCCUUCCGGACCCUCUCGACAGCGGCCCGGUAGGGUCGAGCCGGAUACCAGGGAGCAGUCCUCGUCCACCGUCCUGUUCAAGAAGAAAGGGGGCUGGAAGGCGGGGCCCGAGGGCACGUCUCAGGACAUCCCCAAGUAUCUGACGGCGGCCACGUUCGCGCAGGCCCGGGCGGCCGAGGUCAGCGCCAUGCUGAAGGCUGUGACCCAGCGCUCGUCCAACGCGCUGGUGUUCCAGACGCUGCCACGGCACAUGAGGCGCCGGGCCAUGAGCCACGACGUCAAACGCCUGCCCCGGCGGCUGCAGGAGAUGGCCCAGAAGGAGGCAGAGAAGGCCGAGCACCAGAAGAAGGAGCACUCCAAGAACAAGUGCCACCGCGCCCGGCGCUGCCACACCGACAGGGUGCUGGAGUUCAACCGGCGGCAGCGGAAGAACCGGUGGCUGGAGACGCACAUCUGGCACGCCAAGCGGUUCCACAUGGUCAAGCGCUGGGGGUACUGCCUGGGCGAGCGGCCCACCGCCAAGAGCCACCGCGCCUGCUACCGGGCCAUGACCAGCCGCUGCCUCCUGCAGGACCUGUCCUACUACUGCUGCCUGGAGCUGCGGGGCGGGGAGGGCCCCAUCCUCCAGGCGCUGGCGCCCCUCUGCAGCACUGACACAGGCCUGACGUUCGCGGCCGUGCACUGCUUGUCCGGGAAGCGCCAAGGCAGUCUCACGCUUUACCGGGCAAACGGGUACCCCCGGGCAGCGCUGGGACCCGUCACCUUCAUCUGGAAGCCCGCGAGCCGCCCCGGGGACGCCGCCGAGACCAGGCAGCUGUGGAUCUGGCUACAUCCUGCUCUGAAGCAGGACAUCCUGGAGGCCAUCCAGGCCGCGUGCCAGUGCACUGAGCCGGCCGGCGCCCUCGAUCCCCUCCCGACGCCAGCCCCCGGCACAUGCCCCACGGAGCCGCCCGCCAAGCAGCCUGGCCGGAAGAGGAAGCGGGGCCCCGGCGGGGAGGAUGCCACGGCAGCCAAGAAGGUCUGCGGCGACGGGACGCAGCCGCACCAGCCCCGGGCCUGGGUCUCCCCGGCUACUGGCAUCACUGUCAGUGACCUGACAAUGGAGCUCAACAGAUUCCGUCUCAUUGGUCCCCUGUCCCACUGCAUCCUGACGGAGGCCCUGAAGGCAGCUCCUGUCCACACGGAGGCCGAGGAAGAGACGCCGCACGUCUGGUGGGCCGACGCCUGCCGCAGCCCGGCCCACGUGGACCUGCACCGCAGACAGGAAGCCACGUUCCGGCUGCUGGGAGGCGUCUCGUCCCCGGCAGAGCUGCCCGCUGGUACGGUGUUGGGACUGACGGUGGGCGACCCACGCGUCAACUUGCCUCAGAAGCGGGCCAAAGUGUUGCCCAGCCCAGAGAACUGCCCAGACCAGGACGAGGUCAGACGGCUGCUUCUGGAGGGUGUGCCCGCUGAGUGCGCACGCAGCUUGCUCUGGGACCCGGAUGUGUGCAGGAGUGUCACCGAGAAGAAGCUCUCGGAGCAGGACCUGAACCGGAGGAGGAGCGAGCUGCUGGUGCCUGGCUCGCAGCUGGCUUUGGGGCCGCAGGAGUCCAAGAUCCCCGUCCUCCUGGUCCAGCAGCCCGGGAAGGUGGCUGGUGACGACUGUCUUGGCUGGGGCAGCGGCUGGGACGUGCUGCUCCCCAAGGGCUGGGGCAUGGCCUUCUGGAUCCCCUUUAUCUACCGCGGCGCCCGAGUCGGAGGCUUGAAGGAGACGCUGGUGCAUUCUCAGUACACCCGGUUGCCGAGUGUGCCGGGUGACUGUCCCGACACCCCUGCCGGGGCCCGCUUUGCUGAGGAGCGAGCGAAGGAGCUUCUGGAAAAGUACAGAAGACGCCCCCCAGCCAAGCGGCCCAACUACGUGAAGCUGGGCACGCUGGCGCCCUUCCAGUGCCCCUGGGAGCAGCUGACCCAGGAGUGGGCAGAGCGGGCCGUGGCGGGAGAGGGCCCCGGGCCCCAGGGGUCAGGCCAGGAGGCCGGUGAUGGGGCCGCAGAGGGCCCGGGUCAGGCAGGCGCCAGUGGCAUCUGUGUCCUUAGGAGCAGGCGCGGCCUGAAGCAGCUGUCGGCCUGGUGCGCACCCAGCGGAGGAGGGCGACGGCCACCAGAGCUGAGUGCUGAGGCCUGCGGGUCCCUGUGCGGCCGCUUCCCGCGGGCCCUGGCGUGGGUCAGCCUCUUCCCGCUGUGCCGGGGCAGCCCCCAGCCUCACACCCUCAUCUGCGUCCCCGCUGCCGGGGACCUGCAGCGGCUGCGGGGGGAUCGCCACUACGGGGGGCCCACCGAGCCCAAGCACAGCGACCCCUUCAAGAGCCGCGUCCGCAGGGAGAAGGAGGAGAGGCGGAGGGGGGCAGGGCCGGCCCCCACGCCCGCCCCCACGCCCACCCCCACGCAGGGGCUGUGGCCGGGUCCACUCCCGCCCCUCACGGCCCACGGCGCCCGCCCACUCCUCGGCUUCGUCACGCAGGGAGACUUCUCCAUGGCCGUGGGCCGGGGCGAGGCCCUGGGCUUCGUCAGCGUGACGGGCCUGCUGGACAUGCUGGCCAGCCAGCCGGCCGCCCAGCGGGGCCUGGUGCUGCUGCGGCCCCCCGGCUCCCCGCAGUACCGGUUCGCCAGGAUCGCCAUCGAGGUGUGAGGCC